GCGACGAGCACGAUGAUGUGGGUUUCAGGGGCAAGAGGGGGGCGGGGAAGGAGGGGAAAGCUGCUGAUCCGAGGGGCAAAGUACACUGCGUGCUUCCUGCUGCCCCGACGGCACCCUGAGUCCCCACCCGGGCUCCCUUGGCCCCUGGAGCUGUCCAGGGCAGCGGCAGAAAGGAGCAUGGCCCGUCCAGCUCCUUCCCCUGUCCUCUGGGCUCUGCUGCUGCUGUUGCUGGUUCCGGCCCCUGCCCGCUGUGAACCGGGGCAGCCCGAGAAGACGCGGUCUACCAGGAGUCUCCAGGACCGACAACCGCGCAUAACCUCCGAGAGGGGGAGCCUGGUGUUCCGCACGGACUCCGACGGGGACAUCGAGUUUCGGACUGGUUUUCAGGGGAGGAUCAAAGUGAACGACCGGGACCUUGGGACAUCCUUGCUCCAGAUCCAGGGGAACGCAGCCGAGAUAACUGAGUUCAAGAGGGUCGGCGCCGCUUUUAUGCACAACGUCUCCAGUCGGCUCAGUCAGCUCCAGUCCAGGCUUGGUGAUCUCGAGAACCGAUUUCAGAGCCUCCAACAGGCGGCCCAGAGGAGAGUCUGCAGCAGCAACCCCUGCCAGAAUGGAGGCACCUGCCUCAAUUUGCUGGACUCCUUCUUCUGCCUCUGCCCUCCCAGUUGGAAGGGCCCGGUCUGCUCUGCCGACGUCAACGAAUGUGAGACGUUCGCGGGGAGCCCGUACAGCUGCCAAAAUGGAGCCACGUGCGUCAACACAGCAGGCAGCUACAGCUGCACCUGCCUCCCGGACAACUAUGGGCCCCAGUGUGCCUCCACGUACAACGGCUGCCAGCUGGGAUCCCUGGCCCUGUGUGGGCAUGGCUUCUGUGAGGACUUGGCGCCCCAGCAUGUGGGAGAGCCAAAAUACCGUUGUGUUUGUGCCCCCGGGUGGGCCGUGCCCCCCGGCAGCUCCGCCUGCACAGCUGACGUCGACGAGUGCAGCCUGCCGAGUCCUCCCUGCUCCCAGAACCCUCCAGUUCAGUGUCACAACACCUUUGGGUCGUUCUACUGCGGACCCUGCCCGGCAGGCUGGCAAGGGAACGGUCACGUCUGCCAUGAUGUGAACGAAUGUGAGAUAGCGAAUGGCGGCUGCUCCACGGCCCCCAAGGUCCAGUGCACCAACACAGCCGGAUCUUACCUCUGCGGCCCUUGUCCCCCAGGUUACCAGGGCGAUGGGAAGGAAUGCACCCCAGAGAUUAUCUGCUCGGAGCAGAACGGAGGCUGCCAUCCAGAUGCUUUGUGUUUCCCCAGUCCAGGUGUCAGGCCUAUUUGUGUCUGCCGACCGGGAUAUACAGGAGAUGGAUAUGGAGCAAACGGUUGUGUCCCUCUCAGCACCAUUUGUGAAAGCCACCCUUGUGUCCAUGGGCAGUGUACUGCAACAGCAUCUGGCUACCAGUGUACGUGCAACUCGGGCUGGGGCGGCCCCAACUGCACAGAAAACAUCAACGAGUGUCUGAGCAGCCCCUGUCUGCAUGGGGGAAGUUGUACCGAUGGGAUUGGUGGAUACACCUGUGAAUGUACCAACUCUUGGACUGGACCUCGAUGUGAGACUCCUCAGCAAGCUUGUGGGGGGUCGCUGUCUGGGAUGAACGGGACUUUCAGCUACCCAAACAACCCUGGGGCUGAGGAGUAUGACCAUAACAUCACCUGUUCCUGGGUUCUGCGAACCGAAGUGGACAAGGUUCUGCGGAUCACUUUCCCAUUUUUCCAGCUAGAGGCGAGUAGACACUGUCAAUAUGACUAUCUCCAAAUUCAUGAUGGCGAUUCCUCUUCAGCGUAUCCACUGGGGAAGUUCUGUGGCUCCAAUCCUCCAGCGGAGCUGUUCAGUAGCCACAGCACCCUGUAUUUCCUGUUCCACUCGGACCAUUCCGUGUCAGCAGGAGGGUUUACUGUGAGAUGGGAAAGUCGGCGUCCAGAAUGUGGUGGAAUGCUGUCAGGCUCCUAUGGAUCAAUCAGCUCCCCAGGAUACCCGAACACUUACCCUUCAAACAGGGACUGUAUCUGGGUUGUGAUAGCCAAGCCUGGUCUCCUGAUUACUUUUGCAUUUGGGAUCCUCAGCUUGGAGCACCACCGGAACUGCAGCUUUGACUACCUCCAGAUUCAAGAUGGCCCCUUGCCCCAAGAUCCUAUUCUCGGAAAGUACUGUAGUUCCAGCUUGCCGCCUCCGCUUCAAACCACUGGUCCUAUGGCGAGGGUCCGCUUCCACUCAGACGCUUCCAUCGGGGAUCGUGGCUUCCACAUCACCUACGUGACUUCCCCUGCGGACCCUGGCUGCGGAGGCAACUACACAGAUGGGGCGGGGGUCAUUACCUCUCCGGACUGGCCCAACUCCUACAUUAGCAACCGGCAAUGCGUCUACGUCAUCAGGCAGCCACCAGGAGAGCUCGUCCACCUCAAUGUCACCCACGUGGAGCUAGAAGGCCGGGAAGGCUGUUCCCACAGUUAUAUUGAGGUCCGUGAUGCUGAGACGUUACUGAGAAAGAUCUGCGGAAACGUGAUUCUGUCCCCGGUCGUCUCCAUUUCCAACAGCAUCUGGGUCAGGUUUAAGUCGGACCCCUCUGCGCAGAAGGCCAGCUUCAGAGCCACCUACCAAGUUGCCUGUGGAGGAGAGCUGAGCGGGACUGGGACCCUGCAGUCCCCUUAUUACCCCCGGGCCUACCCACAUCCCACGACCUGUGAGUGGAUCAUCCGCCAGCCGCUGGGCCAGGAGAUCUUGCUCAACUUCCUCGCCUUCCGGAUUGCCGAGUCUCCGGGCUGUGGUUCGGAUUAUGUUGAGAUUGGCAACGGGUCCAGUGUGGACAACCUGCAAGGCCGAAAAUACUGUGGCACAGACAUCCCUGCUUUAAUAAAGUCCACAUCUAAUUUUCUCCGUGUCACCUUCAGGACGAGCUCCUCCCUGGCAAAUCUCGGCUUCAAGGCUGAGUUCUGGGGUGCUGAUUUGGUUUGCGGGGAGAUCCUGACAGCGGCAACGGGAACGAUUCAGAGCCCCGGCCAUCCGAACCCCUACCCGCAUGGCGUCAACUGCACGUGGUUCAUCUCGGUGACGCCGGGCCUCCGGAUCCGACUGAGCUUCUCCGCCUUCCACCUGGAUUUUCACUACAACUGCACCACUGACUACUUGCUGGUCUAUGACAACGGCACUGGGACAACGAUCGGCAGGUUUUGUGGAAAGUCGGUCCCUCCCUCCCUAACCAGUAGUGACAACAUGCUGACUCUGUUCUUGGUGACGGACUCCGAUUUGGCGUUCGAGGGCUUUGCGGCCAGCUAUGUCACCAUCAAUGCUUCUACUGCCUGCAUAGAAAACCACGAGGAAGACAUGGGAGUGCUGACUUCUCCACUCUACCCCAACCAUUAUCCCAACAACUGGGAAUGCAUCUACACCAUCACCGUGGGCACUGCCCAACAGAUUGCACUGGUCUUCACCAAUUUCUCCCUGGAGCCCAGCGUGGGCCAGCACUGUGUCGGAGACUUCGUGGAAAUCAGGGAUGGAGGCUACGAGACCUCCCCGCUGCUGGGGAAGUACUGUGGUACCCAAAAGCCGCCCCCAAUUAUUUCCCACAGUAACAGGCUAUGGAUCAAGUUCAAGAGUGAUGUUGUUAUCUCUGGGCCUGGAUUCUCAGCUCACUGGGACGGCUCAUUGACAGGUUGUGGGGGAAACCUCACCACAUCACAGGGUUCCUUCACCUCCCCAAACUACCCCAUGCCCUAUUACCACCAGUCGGAAUGCUCCUGGAAGCUGCAGGCAAGCCGGGGAAGUCCAUUUGAACUCCAAUUUGUGGAUUUCCACCUGCAGGAACAUCCUAACUGCAGUUCGGAUUAUUUGGCCGUCUACGAUGGCCCAACCACCAGGGCCCGGCUCCUGGCCAAGCUCUGUGGCGAUCAGAUUCCAAGCCCAAUCCGGUCCAGUGGGGACAGUUUGUCUUUAAAACUGAGAACAGAUGAAGAUCAGCAAGGGGCCGGCUUCCUGGCUACAUACAGGCAAGUUUGCCAAGGUGUGGUGAUUGCCAACCAGAGCCGAGGCACCUUGGAAAGUAUCCAUUUUCCACUUCCUUACCCCCAAAAUGAGCGGUGCAACUGGUCGAUCCAAGCACCAGCGGGCAACGCUGUGAACUAUACCUUUUCGACAUUUGACCUGGAAGACUCUGACAACUGUUUGAUAGACUAUGUAGAGCUGUAUGACGGGCCUAACCGAAUAGGCCGGUUCUGUGGCCGGAACGCCCCUCCGCCAGGGGGAACGACCCAAGCCCGCCUUCACGUGCUCCUCCAUACUGAUGGCGUCCCUUCGCCCAAUAGAGGAUUUCAGAUGCAAUGGUCCGUCCACGGGUGCGGGGGCGAGCUCUCCGGUGCGAGGGGCUCUCUGGAAAGUCCCGGCUACCCUGACCAGUACCCAGCCAGUACAGAGUGUAUCUGGCACAUCACCACCACCCCCGGGAGCAGCAUCCUCCUCACCCUGCAGGACUUCAACGUGGAGUACCACCCCAACUGUAAUUUUGACGUUCUGGAGGUCUACGGCGGCCCCGAUUUCCGCUCUCCCCGGCUGGCCCAGCUGUGCUUCCCUAGGGCCCGGGAGAACCCGCUGCGGGUCUCAAGCACGGGAAACGCCCUCACCGUUCGGUUCAAGACAGACCGCUCUGUCAGUGGCAGAGGCUUCGCGGCCACCUGGCAGGAGGUUCCGGGAGGUUGCGGAGGAAACUUCCAGGUUCCACGCGGAGAAAUCCAUUCUCCCAACUACCCUCAUCCUUAUGGCAGGAACAGCGAUUGCUCCUGGAUCAUCCAGGUCGACGGCGGACACCACGUGCUCCUGAACUUCACUGACUUUGACCUGGAUCCCCAAGACUCGUGCGUUGAAGUAUAUGAUGGUCCACACGCGACGUCUGAGCUCCUUCUCCACAGGUGUGGCCAGCAGCUUCCUGACUCCAUCACCUCCUCCGGCAACACGGUGGUGGUGCGAUUUCAGUCCGGCCAGGCCACGCAGCACCGGGGUUUCUGGGCACGCUUCACCGAAGCCUGCGGCAGCACCAUAAUCACGGCCUCCAGCGGGGCGAUCUCCUCUCCGACGUUUCCGGCCAGGCAUCCGAGCCAUCAGAACUGCAGCUGGGUGGUUCGAGCCCGACACCCCUUCAAUCACAUCUCCCUGUCGUUUACCGCCUUUGACCUGGAGGGAAGCGUCAACUGUUCCCGGGAUUCUGUAGAAGUUUUGGAUGGAGCCAGUGACGACGCUCCCGUUCAAGGACGUUACUGUGGCUCCACUUUACCGGCCCCGGUCACUUCUUUCAGCAACUCACUGAUCAUCAGGUUCGUCUCCUAUUCCAUCUUGGCGUCGAAGGGCUUCCGCGCGGUUUACGAGGCUUCGUCUUCAGCCUGCGGAGGAGCCUUCCACGUGGACGAAGGAGUCAUCAACAGCCCCGGCUACCCCGACCCCUAUCCGACCAACACAGAAUGCGUCUGGACCAUUCUCAGCUCUCCCGGAAACCAGUUCCAGCUGUCGUUCGUGAUGUUCCAGCUGGAGCAGAGCCAAGACUGCCACAAGGAUUUCUUGGAGAUCCGCGAAGGGAAUGCCACCGGUCACCCGGUGGGCCGCUUCUGUGGCGGCACCCUGCCGCGCAACUACUCAUCCACUUUGGGUCAUAUCCUGUGGCUUAGAUUUGUCUCCGAUGGAGCGGUCACGGGCCGAGGCUUCCAGGCUGCGUUUGCUCAUGUCUUCGGCAACGAUAACAUCAUGGGCUCCCGCGGGCUCAUCGCCUCUCCGCUGUGGCCCCAGAAUUACCCACACAACUCGGAUUAUCGCUGGACGGUGAAUGGCAACAGCUCUUCGGUUGUCCACGGGACCAUCCAGGAGCUAGACGUUGAAAUGUCGACCGGCUGCUACUAUGACAAGUUAUCGAUCCACGACGGACCCAGCAUCCACUCUCGCCUCAUCGGCUCCUACUGUGGUUUCACUGGCACCACCUUCGCCUCCACAGGUCCCUCCAUCACCUUCCACUUCCUCUCCGACUCUUCUAGGACCGGCAGGGGCUUCCUCCUGGAGUGGCACCUGGUGGCGGCCCCUGAGGGCCCCCCACCCACCAUCACUCCAGGGGCCUGCGGGGGUGUUCUUCGCACAAGAGACAGCCCGGCGUUUUUCUUCUCUCCGGGCUGGCCGGGAGACUACAGGAACGGAGCAGACUGCACCUGGCUCCUCCACGCUCCAGACUCGACGGUGGAGCUGAAUGUGCUCUCGCUGGACCUCGAAUCCCACCAGACGUGCAACUAUGACCAACUGGUCAUCAGAGACGGUGACACCAACAGAGCACCCUUGCUGGCCACCCUCUGUGGCCGGGACCUUCCAGGACCCAUCAGAUCCACAGGGGACUUCAUGUUCGUCCGAUUCACUACGGACUCCAGCAUCACCGGGGCAGGGUUCAAUGCUUCCUUUCACCAGAGUUGCGGAGGCCUCCUGCAUGUAGACAGAGGAGUGAUCACAUCCCCAAAUUACCCAGAUUCCUUUCCGCCCAACCUCAACUGCUCCUGGCACGUGAAGGUCCGGGAAGGCCUCACCGUCGGUGUCCAUUUCGAGCAGCCAUUUCAGAUCCCCAAUGGAGAUCUGUACUGCAGCCGAGGAGACUAUUUGGAGCUGAGAAACGGGCCCGAUGCCUCGUCUCCACCCCUGGGACCCAGCCGCGGAAAUGGACGUCUCUGUGGCAACCGCCCUCCCUCCUCCCUGUUCACCACGGACAAUCAGAUGCUGGUUCGCUUCGUGUCCGACAGCAGCGGUGGGGGGCAGGGGUUCAAGGUCCAGUAUGAGGCCAAGAGUUUGGCGUGCGGUGGCACCAUCUACGUCCACGAUGCCAGCUCCGCGGGAUCCGUGUCCUCCCCUGGCUACCCCAGCGCCUAUCCCCAGCACGCCGACUGCACCUGGACCAUCUCCGUUUCUGCCGACAAGGUCAUCGAGCUGCAAUUUGAAGAUCCGUUUCACGUCGGGACUUCAUCCAACUGCUCGUCCAGUUACCUGGAAUUGCGAGACGGAGCCGAUGCCAGCGCGCCCCCUCUCGCCAGGCUCUGUGGGACCACCCGGCCUGCCAGACGAGUGUCCUCGGGCAGCACCGUGAGGCUCAGGUUCCGGUCGGACGACAGCUCCCCCCAGGCUGGCUUCCGGGCCCGGAUUUCCAUAGCUCUGUGUGGCGGGACGGUGGCUGGGCAGAGCGGGGUGGCUCACAGCCCCGGGUUCCCGGCACUCUCCUACGAGGACAACUUGGAGUGUGAGUGGCACCUCCAGGGCCCCGCGGGGCACUAUCUCACCAUCACCUUUGAGGCCCUCGGCCUCCAGAACUCCACCGGCUGCACCCAGGACUUUGUGGAGCUGCGAGAGAGCGGGCCUUCCGGGCCCGUGCUGGGAAGAUACUGCGGGAGCUCCGUUCCCGGAGCUGUGGGUACCGCCGGCAACGUGGCCUUCGUCAAGUUCGUCACGGACGGGUCCGUUGGAGGUCCGGGGUUCCAGCUGCGCUUCCAGGCCAGCACGGGAGGUUGCGGCGGAGACCUCGUCGGCCCCACUGGCUCUUUGGCUUCACCCGGCUCCCGGCGUCCCCACCGCCGCAUCUGCGAAUGGAGGGUCACAGCGCCUGAGGGCCGGCGGGUCGCUCUCACCUUUCACGACCUGAGCCUGGAAGGCCGGCCGGGAUGCAGCGGUGAAUACGUGGCAAUCUUCAACGGCAUUAGGCGAAACUCCCCGCAGCUGCAGAGACUGUGCGGUCAGGAGGACCGGGGGACCCGCGUCGUCUCUUCAGGGAAUACGAUGAAGGUGCUUUACUUCACUGAUGGGUCUGGGCCCGGCAGAGGCUUUGGAGCCACGUAUACGUCCGCUGAGGAUGCAGUGUGCGGUGGGCGCCUUUCCGACCCCCUCGGUGGGAACGUCACGUCUCCCGGUUAUGACGGAAUCAGUAACUAUUCAAGCAACCUGAACUGCGAGUGGAUCCUCAGCAAUCCCAACCGGCACAACUCAUCCAUUUACAUCUCCCUGGACGACUUCCACCUGGAACCCCACCAGGACUGCCACAAUGACUUGCUGGAGUUCCGAGUGGGUGAUGCCGAGGGGCCGCUGAUUUGGAAGCUGUGCGGGCACUCAGUCCCUUCGCUGCCUUUCGCCGUGGCCAGCCCGCAGAUCUGGAUGCACCUGGUGACUGACGAGCGUGGGAGCGAUACGGGAUUCCACGCCCACUACUCCUUCACAGACUGCGGAGGUGUGCAGAGCGGAGAAGGCGGAGUAAUUGCAAGCCCCAACUUCCCGGCUCCGUAUGGCAACGUGAACCGCUGUUCCUGGCUGCUGAACGCGCCCCCGGGCCACACCAUCACUCUGACGUUCACCUCCUUUGAUAUCGAAAGCCACCGCACGUGCUCCUGGGACUCCGUCACGGUCAUCAACGGGGGCUCCCCGGGGUCACCCGUAAUUGGACGUUUCUGUGGAGCCACCGUUCCCGGGCCCAUCCAAUCCGGGGCCAACCAACUGGUGGUGAUCUUCAACUCGGACCACUCGGUGCAGGGAGGCGGUUUCCGGGCCACGUGGACCUCCGAGACUUCAGGUUGCGGUGGCUUCAUUCACUCGGCCAGCGGGGUCCUCCACUCCCCUCGGUGGCCUCGGCCCUUCCCGGAGAACAGCCGGUGCACGUGGACGGUCAUUACGCACGAGAGCCAGCACCUAGAGCUCAGCUUCCACGGCGACUUCCACAUCCCCAGCCGCGACGGGCGGUGUGAGGAGAGUCACCUGAAGGUGUGGGCGGGGACCCCAGGCGUCGGAGCGGAUGUCCCGCUGGUCACCGCCUGCGACAGCUCCGCCCCCGGCCCCACCGUGACGCCUCGGAACCAGUUCACCGCCGUCUUCCAGGCCCGGGAGGGCACGGGGAGUGGCUUCUCGCUGACGUUCCUCAGCAGAUGUGGUGCCAAUUUCACCGCCCCGACGGGUUACGUUGUUUCUCCCAAUUACCCGGGACAAUACGACAACAAUCUACGUUGCAACUAUGUCAUAGAAGCAGAGCCUCGGGCGGUAGUUCUUCUACAGUUUAUCACUUUCCAGCUGGAAGCUCCAUCCGCCCGAGGCGGGGGCUGCAUCAACGACGGGCUGAAAGUCAUCCGAGGCCGUCGGGUCACGUCCGUCCCCUUCGCGACCCUGUGUGGCCACGAGCUCCCCCAAGCCAUCAGCUUCUCCGGCCCGAUGCUGCUCAGCUUCUACACCGACUCCCAGACCGCGGACUUCGGAUUCGAGGCCUCUUACCGCGUACUGGCGUGCGGAGGGACAUUCAACGCAUCCUUCGGGACCAUCAGGAGUCCUGCCUACGCCCUGUCAGAUUACCCCAACAAUAUGGACUGCACGUACCUCAUCUCGGUGAGAGACGGCAAGGUGGUAGAACUCAAGUUCAACGACUUCAACCUGGAGGCCUCCGACUACUGCUCCGCCGACUACGUGGCCGUUCGCGACGGCCUGGAGCCGGGGGCUCCGCUGCUUGGCAAGUUCUGCGGCUCCGAACUCCCCGCCAGGAUCAGGAGCUCCGGCGACCACCUGCGCCUGGAAUUCAGGACCAAUUUCUUCCAGGGGGCCAGAGGCUGGAGGGCCUCAUUCAGAGAAACACUGGGUCCUCAGCACGGCUGUGGGGGUUAUCUGACCCGGCCCGGCGACACCUUCGGCUCUCCGGACACCGAUUCCGACGGCAGGUACGAUCGAAACCUGGACUGCGUGUGGACCAUCUCCGUGCCCCCCAACGGGCUCAUCAACCUCACGUUCACCGUCUUUGCGCUGGAGGACGCGACGGCUCGAGGCUGCCUGUACGACUACGUGAAGCUGUACGACGGCGCAAGUGAAAAUGCCAGUUUGGUAGGCGAGUUCUGUGGCUCUUCCAUGCCAGCUUCGUUCCUCUCCGGUGGGAACUUCCUCACCGUGAAAUUCGUCAGCGACGGGUCUCUGGAGCGGCCAGGCUUCAACGCCACCUACGCCACGCUGGACCUGCCCUGUGGGGGAACUUACAACGCAACCUCCGCCGUGCAGACCACGCGAUCGCCCCGGGUCCUCGGCUCCGGGCUGUCCUUCCCCGCCUGCACCUGGGUCGUCGACGCUCCGCCGCGGCGGCAGGUGAAGGUGGCGGUGCGGGAGUUCCGGCUGCGAUCGGAGAACUGCGCGCAGAACUUCCUCCAGCUCCGGGACGCCCUCGAGAGUUACCAAAGCCUCGGGCGCCGGUUCUGUGGCCAAGACGCCUCCGCCGUCCACGAAUUCUACUCCUCCGGGCGUACGGCCGUGGUGGUUUUCCGGUCUGACGUCUUCGAUGAUGACAACGGAGUUACUUUUACCUAUCAGGUGGCUGACUGUAACCGCGAAUACAGCCAAGGAUUCGGCUCCCUGCGGAGCCCCGGCUGGCCGGCCGCAUACAGCGACAACCUGGACUGCGUCACCGUCCUCCGCGCCGCCCCGAACGACACCAUCGCCCUCUUCUUCCACUCGUUCGCGGUGGAGCCCACCACUGGGUGCCAACAUGAUUUCCUAGAGGUGAGGAACGGCAGCGACGAGGGGGCCCCGCUGCUGGGGAGGUACUGUGGAACCGAGCUGCCCAACCCGAUAUUCCCCCGAAACCACGUCCUCCGCCUGCGCUUCAAGAGUGAUGUGAUCCACUCCAGGAGCGGGUACCAAAUCACCUGGACCUCCUCUCCUUCCGGCUGCGGUGGCCCCCUGUCCGGGGACACCGGCUCUUUCGCUAGCCCCGGCUACCCCGGCUCCUACUCGAACGGCACCCACUGUGAGUGGACCAUCACGGCCCCGGCCGGGUCCGUCGUUACCGUCCGCUUCGAUCUCGUCAGCAUCGACGACCCGGGGGACUGUGUCCGGAACUAUCUGAUUCUCUAUGAUGGACCCGAUGCCGACUCCGCGUCAUCCGGACCCUUCUGCGGGGCGGACACGGACAUGGCUCCGUUUGUUGCCGCGUCGCAUCGGGUCUUUGUACUGUUCCACGCCGAAUACGUCGUUUCGCCCUCAGCAUUCCGGUUGUCCUGGACCAGCUAAACGGCUUCAAAAACUCGCUCUGCCACCGAGACAUUCAGCCCGAGAGUUGUCGCUUUAGGAAAUCAAUCACCCCACAAGUUAAAGGUGACGCCACGGCCCGACCGCGUCACCGGGAGCCCUAACUUUUCUUUGGGCCCACAGGAAGGAGUGCACGUCUGUUGGCACGCUUUCCGUUUUUACUCUGUUUCUUCACUAUUCGAAAUUAAAAAAAUGGUCGCGAAAGAAGCAAGCUUUAAAAGGAAGAGGGCGAUGCUGUUAUUUAAAUCUUAAAAUCACGAGGAGUUGAAGGACAAUUUCUACAAGGAAGAGCUGUGCAGCAGAAAAUAAACACAAACAGCUUCAUAAAA